CAAACAAGCCGCUUACAGAGGGACAAACAUGGACAGCACAUAUGCUCUGCUAGAUGAUGAAGAAGAGGAAGAACCCAAGUUCCGGAUAGUCCUCGUUGGGAAAACUGGAGUUGGGAAGAGCGCAACAGGAAACACCAUCUUAGGAACAAGAACUUUUAUAUCCACAACAUCUCCUUCCACAGUAACGUUAGAGUGCCGAAAGGAAACGGGAGAAUUUGGUGGUCACGCGCUGGCUGUCAUUGAUACUCCGGGUCUGUUCGACACCAGCAAAACUGAAAAGGAGGUGAAAAGAGAGAUCGCUAGAUCAAUCUCAUUUGUUGCUCCUGGUCCUCAUGUGUUCCUGGUUGUGCUACAGGCUGGCAGAUUCACAAAAGAAGAACAAGAAACAGUGAAAAUCCUUCAGAAGGUGUUUGGAGAAACAGCAGCACAGUACACUAUGGCCUUGUUCACACAUGGAGACAACCUGGAGGCCGACGACAUGAACAUAGAAACAUUUAUCCAUAAAAGUAAAGCUCUCAAUGACUUCCUCGAUCAGUGUCAGAGAAGAUAUCAUGUUUUUAACAACAGAAAGAAAGAUCCCACUCAGGUCAGAGAGCUGUUGGAGAAGAUCAACACAAUGGUUCAGAGAAACGGAGGAAGCUGCUACACCAAUGAAAAAUUCCUGGAGGCAGAGAAAGCCAUAAAAGAGGAGAUGGGCCGACUUCUGAGGGAAAAUCCAGGCAUGACAUCCCAGGAAGCACGGAGACUGGCAGAGAAAGACAACUGGUUCAUCCAGGCCGUUGUGGCUGCUGCUGGAGCAAUUCCUGGUAUUGGUCUGGGAGCUGGUGUUGGACUUGCUGUUGAAGUUGCUAUUGGAGCAGGUGUUGGAGCUGUAGGAGGCCCAAUUGGAGCUGCAGUGGGAGCUGUAGUGGGAGCUGUAGCUGGAGCUACAGUUGUGGCCGUGAAAAGCGGUGCAUGUCCUAUACAGUGAAAUUCAUUUAGCUGUGACUCAUUAAAGUCAGCUUAGCAUGAAGAUCAACAGUGAGGUUAUUAUCAUAUCGUGUGUUUUUACUGAAUCACGUUUACUCAGAUGUUUGUUUAUCAUGAAUGUUGAUGAAGUGAUUAUUGAGAUGUUCCUGAACUCUUCAAUCGAAAAUAAUCAGAAGGUCAGAUUAUUGCUGUAUAUGCAUGAAUCAAACACAUUAAUAAUGAAAGCUGAGGAGUGGUAUCCCUAUUCAAAUAAUAACGCUACGGGUAAACGUUUAAGCUUUCAGAUUAUUAAAAACUCUGUUUUAGGUCAGUUUUCAAUCAGAAGUAGGAGCACCGAAUUAUUCUUUUCAUAUAAAAUAAAAACUGUGCCUC